CCAAACGUCACCACAUAUACAUAGCUCACUGCUGGGGCGACCGUAGUACACGGAAGAGCCCUCUCUUUAAACCAUCGAUAUCCCUCGCCGGAACCUUCUGUCUUCGUUUUCCUGACCUUGCAGUCAACAAUACGUUCAAUGAGUAGAUACGAUAGCCGCGCGGCGGACCCCGGGUCGUAUCGCGACCGGCGAAGCGACUCUGGCUUUGGCGGUGGAUCGACAUACCGGUCAUCUUCAGCAAGUAGGAAAGACUAUGAGGGCAGUGAGUCGCCUCGGAAAUUGGAUUUAGACGGGUUGACCCCGUUUGAGAAGAAUUUCUAUGUCGAGUCACGGUCAGUUGCGGCAAUGACGGACAGCGAGGUGGAGGAGUAUAGGCGGCGACGGGAGAUAACGGUAGAAGGCCGUGAUGUGCCGAAACCUGUGAAGAGCUUCAGUGACGUGGGGUUUCCAGAAUAUGUUUUGAAAGAAAUUGAGAAGGCUGGCUUUACUGAGCCUACACCUAUUCAAUCUCAAGGAUGGCCUAUGGCCUUGAAGGGCCGUGAUCUCAUUGGUAUUGCAGAAACAGGUUCAGGGAAGACACUAGCGUAUCUGCUACCUGCAAUUGUGCAUGUCAAUGCUCAACCAUUUUUAGCGCAAGGAGAUGGUCCUAUUGUCCUAGUCUUAGCUCCAACUCGUGAGCUUGCUGUUCAAAUCCAACAAGAAUCUACUAAAUUUGGUGCCUCAUCAAAGAUUAAGAGCACUUGCAUAUAUGGAGGGGUUCCAAAGGGGCCCCAAGUUCGUGAUCUUCAGAAAGGUGUUGAGAUUGUUAUUGCUACACCUGGAAGAUUGAUUGACAUGUUAGAAUCUCAUCACACAAACUUGCGUAGGGUUACAUAUCUUGUAUUGGAUGAAGCUGAUCGUAUGCUGGACAUGGGCUUUGAACCUCAGAUCAGAAAAAUUGUUUCACAGAUACGGCCAGAUCGUCAAACUCUGUACUGGAGUGCUACAUGGCCCAAGGAAGUUGAGCAACUUGCUAGGCAAUUCCUAUAUAAUGCAUAUAAAGUGAUUAUUGGUUCGGAAGAUCUGAAAGCUAAUCAUGCAAUUCGCCAGCAUGUGGAAAUUGUCUCAGAAAGCCAAAAAUAUAACAAAUUAGUGAAGUUGUUGGAGGACAUUAUGGAUGGUAGCAGAAUUCUGAUAUUUAUGGACACUAAAAAAGGUUGUGAUCAAACAACUCGGCAAUUGCGGAUGGAUGGUUGGCCUGCACUUUCAAUUCAUGGUGAUAAGAGCCAAGCAGAAAGAGAUUGGGUCCUCUCAGAAUUCAAAGCUGGCAAGAGUCCCAUAAUGACAGCUACAGAUGUUGCUGCUCGAGGCUUAGAUGUGAAGGAUGUUAAAUAUGUCAUCAACUACGACUUCCCAGGAUCCCUUGAGGACUAUGUUCAUCGAAUUGGUCGGACAGGAAGAGCAGGUGCCAAAGGAACAGCUUACACGUUCUUCACAGCUGCAAAUGCCAGAUUUGCAAAAGAUCUUAUUCAUAUUCUUCAGGAGGCUGGGCAGAAGGUCAGUCCUGAACUGGCAGCCAUGGGACGCGGUGCUCCUCCUCCUCCUCCAGGAGGCCAUGGCGGUUUCCGAGAUCGUGGCCGAGGUUAUGGAGGUGGUCGCCGGUGGAAUUGAGGUUGAGCUGAUGGAUUUCCAUUACAAUCACCUGCAAAUUGGCACAUCACCUGAUGGGUAUCCACCCAAGCUAUCACUAGGACGAAGACUCUGUUAUCUCAUUUUUGUUUGGGGCAUCUUAUUUCAGGGGAGUUGAUGGAUACCUUAGUUAUGAAGACUCAUUUAUCUUUCUUGUAUCAUAUUUGACCCUUUGUAUUUCGAUCAAGUGAAACAUUAACGAAUUUUUAUUUAUAUUUUAAUAGCGAGUAGACUUUGUUUUCUGAUUGCUUUCAA